CGAUGAUUUAGUGUGUGACUACUUUGCCUCGCCAUCGUUAUCUUGUCAUCGGUGAUCGAUUAUGUGUUAGUGCAACAAAAAGAUGGCGGACCGAACGUCUGCUGGCUCUCAAAAAGCUAGCGCUAAGGCGCUGCUUGAGAGCAAACUCAAGUCUUUCAGCAUUGGUAAAAUGGCAGUUGCAAAGAGAACCCUGAGCAAAAAGGAGCAAGAUGAAAUAAAGAAAAAGGAGGAUGAGCGGGCGGCUGCAGAGAUUUAUGAGGAGUUCCUUGCUGCUUUUGAGGGAGGUGGAGAGGGCAAGGUGAAGGCGUUCGUCCGUGGUGGUAUUGCAAAUGCAACAAAAGAGGAGGCUGCUGCUGAUGACAAGAGGGGGAAGCUGUACAAGCCCAAGUCCCGUUUUGAAACCCAAACCAAGAGCUUCUUACCGUUGGAAACCCCUCCCCAGUUUUUAGCAGUAGAUAAAAGACAUCCUCCGAAGAAAGGCAAUGAAAAAGAAAAGAAGAAGAGUAACCUGGAGCUCUUCAAAGAAGAACUUAAACAAAUACAGGAAGAAAGGGAUGAAAGGCACAAGAUGAAAGGACGCGUCAGUCGCUUUGAACCUCUCUCUGGAAUGGAUGGAAGACGAUCGUCGGAUGGUUCUUCAAGAAGAAACCGUCCGUCCAGUGUUUUAGAUGACUCUGCGCCAGGUUCCCAUGAUGUUGGAGACCCAUCCACUACUAACUUGUAUCUCGGAAACAUCAAUCCCCAGAUGAAUGAGGAGAUGCUGUGUCAAGAGUUUGGCCGUUAUGGCCCACUGGCCAGUGUGAAGAUCAUGUGGCCAAGGACGGACGAGGAGAGGGCUCGGGAGAGGAACUGUGGCUUUGUGGCCUUCAUGAACAGGAGGGAUGCUGAGCGAGCACUCAAGAAUCUAAAUGGAAAGAUGAUAAUGAACUUUGAGAUGAAGCUGGGAUGGGGCAAAGGUGUGCCCAUUCCUCCACACCCCAUCUACAUCCCUCCUUCCAUGAUGGAGCACACACUCCCCCCACCCCCCUCUGGCCUGCCCUUCAACGCCCAGCCCCGUGAGAGGCUGAAGAACCCCAAUGCUGCCCUGCUUCCUCCGCCCAAAAACAAGGAGGAGUUUGACAAGACUCUGUCGCAAGCCAUAGUCAAAGUGGUUAUCCCAACAGAAAGGAAUUUGCUCUCUCUCAUCCACCGAAUGAUCGAGUUUGUGGUGCGUGAGGGCCCAAUGUUUGAAGCCAUGAUAAUGAACAGAGAAAUCAACAAUCCCAUGUACAGAUUUUUAUUUGAAAACCAGAGUCCAGCACACGUGUACUACCGAUGGAAACUCUACUCCAUACUACAGGGUGAAGCACCAGCCAAAUGGCGAACAGAGGACUUCAGGAUGUUUAAGAACGGUUCUUUGUGGCGUCCCCCUCCCCUCAAUCCUUACCUCCACGGCCCUUAUGAUGAUGGUGAUGAGGAGGAGGAAGAGGAGGAGGCCAGUAAGAAAGGCUGCUUGAAAGAAGAAGAGCGGGAUAAACUGGAGGAGAUUCUGCGAGGCUUGACUCCCAGGAAGGGAGACAUAGCUGAAGCAAUGCUGUUCUGUCUCAGCCACGCUGAGGCUGCUGAGGAGAUUGUGGAGUGCAUCACAGAGUCCCUCUCCAUUCUCAAGACCCCUCUCCCCAAGAAGAUUGCACGGUUAUAUCUAGUUUCUGAUGUGCUGUACAACUCUUCUGCCAAAGUUGCUAACGCGUCUUACUACAGAAAAUAUUUUGAGACCAAGCUCUGCCAGAUCUUCUCAGACCUCAACGCGACAUACAAAACGAUACAGGGUCAUCUUCAGUGUGAGAACUUUAAGCAACGGGUGAUGUCAUGUUUCCGGGCGUGGGAGGAUUGGGCAGUGUACCCAGACCCCUUCCUUAUCAAACUGCAGAACAUCUUUCUAGGCCUGGUCAACCUCUCAGCAGACAAAGAGUCUCCUGGGCUCAUAGUGGAGGCUGAGCCAGCAGAGGACAUUGAUGGGGCUCCUAUUGGGGAGUAUGUUGAUGGGGCUCCACUGGAGGAUGUGGACGGAGUUCCUAUUGACUCAGGGGCCAUAGAUGGGGCCCCCAUCGAUGGAGCCCCUCUGGAUGACCUUGAUGGUGUUCCUAUCAAACCUAUGGAGGAGGACAUAGAUGGAGUACCCUUAGAUCAGUCCAAGGAGGCAACCUUCAAGGUUGCGCCAUCCAAAUGGGAAGCAGUGGAUGAAUCAGAGUUAGAAGCACAAGCUGUGACAACCUCAAAAUGGGAAAUAUUUGAGCAGCCAGAGGAAACAAAAAAGGAUGAGGAGGAGAGUGAUGAUGAUGACAAGAGCCCCCGUUCAGAGGAUCCUCAGAGUUACUCAAACCCCAUCAGAGAUGAUACCGACGUUAAAGCCAAGAUCUCUGAAAUGAAUGAGGAGAAACGAACCAAGCUGAGAGAGAUAGAGGUUAAAGUCAUGAAGUUCCAGGAUGAGCUGGAGUCUGGGAAAAGACCCAAGAAGCCUGGCCAGAGUAUUCAGGAGCAGGUGGAGCACUACAGGGACAAGCUAUUACAAAAGGAAAAAGAAAAGGAGAAACUUGAAAGGGAGAAAGAGAGGGAGAAAAAGGAGAAGGAGAAAACUGAGGCCCGUUUGAAAGACCUGAAGAAGGAAAAAGAAAAGGAAGACACACCGACCAGAAAAGAGAGACGUGUUGAACCUCUGGUUGAUAGGAAACGGCGUCACAGUGGGUCACCUAGCCCAUCCCGGAGUAGCAGCAGACGAGGGCGUUCACCUUCACCCCGCUCAGAACGUUCGGAAAGAUCAGAACGGUCCGAUCGCUCCUACUCUAAAGAUGUGUCCUCCCGCUCCUCCCAUAAAGACUCUCCCCGCUCCAGCAACAAAAAGUCCUCCAAGAGAUCUCCCUCAUCGCCUCGCACACCCAAACGGUCCAGGAGGUCACGCUCCAGGACGCCCAAGAAAUCAGCUAAGAAAUCCCGCUCCAAAUCUAGGUCGCCUCACCGGUCCCACAAGAAAUCAAAGAAGAGCAAACACUGACACAUCUUCUCCCCCAAGCUCCAGCCUCCUCCCUCCCCUCCCCAUUCUCUCCCCCUCUGCGCCGUGUUGUAUAAAGAAUUGACUGAGCUGGCAGUUGAAUAUCCCUGCCCAGAUGUUCAUGUAAAAACAAAUGAGAGGUGGUUGGUGCACGGGUGUCCAUGUUGUGUAUCAAAUGGAUUGGGCCGUUGCUGUUUUAUAUUGUACAAAAAAGUGCGCUUGUGUGUCCCCACUCCUUACCACCACCGCCCAUUGGAAUUCAUCCAUGUGAUAAACCGCACCCGUACAGAGUGUGAUGACUCUAGUCUUAUAUUCAUGCUGUCAUUUUCUGUUUUUGUAGUUCACAUUAAAAAGAAUUCCUAAUAAA